AUGGCCACCCUGGGCAUUAAGCCAGGCCUCCGCUGCACUGUGUCUGACUGGAUGAACAGUAAUAAUGAGCUCUCAGUCACUGCCGAGCAAAGAAGACACCUAUCACACGAGAUACGACUGGAGGGUAGGGCUCUGUGCAAUGAGACCACCAAUAAGACAUUGUGGGGUGAAUAUGACAGUAAUCGUCAACUUAAUGACAGAAUUGGUGACAUCACACUUUGGAAGAAGAGCCUGGAGGCCUGUGCAGAGGAACUGGAUAAAGAAAUGGAUGCUCUCACACUAGCAAAAGAAGCGGCAGAGCGUGCUCUUGCAGCCACAGUCUUGCCCCUGGAGGUCACUAAUGAGUGUUUGACCUUGAGGGAAGGUCGACGGGGAAAUGAGCUGGUUAGUGACCCAGUGGAAGCAGAGCUAAAGAAGGAGGUGGAGGUGAUCAAUAAGGCACAGCAAGUCCUGCAGGAAUAUAUCGAUCAAGCCUUUAAACAACUUUGUUUGCUGCAGGAAGCCCGUCAUCAACUGACUCUUGACCUCCAGCACAAGAUGGAGGCUUUGGAUGUUGACCUGUCUUGCCUGUCGCUCUCUGUGACGUCAUCUGAGAUAUCCCUGAAGCCCAAUCCCACCAGAGUUCCUCCAGGUUCCACAACCCCUCAGCAGUGGGUGCAGUUCAGCCACCACAAUAUAACCCAAGCCAAGGAGGAAAUGCAGGCUUCUCUGCAUCUGAGAGAGAAUAUCAGUAUCACUAUAUCACAGGUGCAAAAUGAAUUAGAGUUUCAGCGCAUAGCUACACGAUUCACCUUCCGGAAGCGUAUUCAUCAGCUGGAGCAGGCUCACCAGGAGUUACAGUGGCAGAUAAAAACUACUCAGGAUGAGAUUAAUGAGCUGAAAGAAGACAUCCUUAGACUGGAGAGGGACAGGCAAGCUAAGAUGGCGCCACUAAAACUGGUGCACACUCGACUGGAGUACAGGACCAGGAGGCCUGGCAUGGAUCUAUGUAGAGACGAGGUGCAGUACGGCCUGGUGGAGGAGACCAAACAGCUUUCUUCUUCUAUUUUGGCUCUGAAACAGAAGCUGGCACAGGCUCAGGACUCUUUGCAGGCUCUGCAGCUACAUGAAGCUCGGAUGCUUGAGGCUCUCGUUCAUAAACAAGAAGCUCUAUCUCUUGAGCAACAGAGCAUGCAAACACGCCAGCGCCUGAACUCUGCUCAAAAUGGAUUCGAACCCUCAGCCGUGCUGCCUCUCACCAACUCUAGUGGCAUGCAUAAGCUUCCGCUGAAUUACACAGGCUCAGCUUGA